AUGACCGUAAUAACAGAUGUCACGGACUGGUUCCUCAGUUUGCCCGUCGUCACACGCUGCUGGUUCGGCUUGUCCGUGCUGUUCCCCACCCUCAGCCGUUUUGGACUGGUCGGGCCUCAGUAUUUAGUGCUCACUUACGACGACUUCGUCAAAGGCUUUCAGAUAUGGCGGCCAGUCACAGCCAUGUUCUGCUACCCAAUGGAUUUACACUACCUGGAAAACCUUUACAUCCUCUGCACAUACUCCACACGCCUGGAAUCAGGUCAAUUUGGUGGACACCCGGCAAAUUACCUCUUCAUGCUGCUUUUCAACUGGAUCUGCAUAGUUAUUGUCGCCCUCUUCUUAGACCUCAUGCUGCUCAUGGACCCCUUGGUGCUGAGUGUCCUCUACGUCUGGUGUCAGCUCCACGAGAACGUCAUCGUCAACUUCGGGUUUGGCACUCAAUUCAGGGCCAUCUACAUUCCUUGGGUCCUGCUUGUGUUUAACAUGGUGAUCAGUGGUGGGGGCCUGUAUGAGCUCAUCGGCAUCAUGGUGGGGCACCUCGCAUUUCUCCUGUUCACGUAA